CUUUAACACCGAACGUGUCGGAUGCGACACGUUUACGCAUAUCAUCUUUGAAGCCUCGUAACGCUGUAAUUACGUCACCCACGUGCCCCUGGUUGCUCUCGUUUGAAAGUAUGGAAGUUGAUGUCCACACCAGUUUUUAUUUGAAGUCAAUCGACCAAGAAAAACGGGAGAUAAUGUCAUUUGAGUUUUAUAGUUUUAUUGCACUCACAAAUAUGCAUUAAAACGUUGCAUUGACCAUGUAUCUAUCUCCAUAUUUCCAUCAUUUCGUGUCCUUUUUCAAAACCGAAAGCAGCACAAAAGACUACAUAUCCCAAUAGCCGUUCUGAUGUCAAGAAGGACGAACCGAAUGUGAUCAUUUUUAAUAAAUUUCCGAACGAGGCGCUAACUAAUGAAAGGGAGGCAUGCGACGCAAGCAACGGCCGGUUGGUUUGAGCGACCGACUUUGAAACGUGCAGAAUGAAUCGAAAACUAAAUUUAGCGCAAGCUAAUGCAUUAUUUCAUCAACUAAAGGAAUAGGAUGAGCUGUAUUUGUCAUUGUAUUCCUCGGAUCAGUCGGCGUCUCGGCGAGUAGAAGUGACAACAGCGCGCAAACCGCGGAUGGGUAGGCUGUGUGACGUUGUAUGUGACGCAGCUUAGUGACAUGUUCAAAAACAAAACUUUAUUGAGUGCGCAAAAAAAAAAAAAAAAAAAAAAAAAACCUUGGGUCGCAUGCCUAAAAAAAUUUGAAUUGAACUGAACUACUUGUCAAUAUUUUUGAAAAUACUUCUUUUUCAAUGUUUGUUAUUUUUUCUUCACUAUGAAUCGUUUCAAUUUUUAUAUAGAUGUGUGUUCGAGAAGCUUGAUUGCAUGUACAUAUAUACCUUUGAUAAGGUGAUGGGUACAAUACCUAACUUCACAAAGAGAUAUCCUCCAAACCCUUUUUGUGUUGGAUAAUAUAUAUAUUUUUUUAAAUUCUCACUAUUUUGCACUGUAUAUAACAUGUUUUGACCAUAGUAUGUGUGAAGGCCAAAAACGCCUAUGACCAUAGCUGCUGUUUGUGUUGAAUUGUCAAACAUAAAACUAUUCAAUCUAUUUUUUUUCAACUGAAUGUUUAUCUUAGCAAGUUAAAUAAAUAUUAUCAAGCUUCAAAACGGUUGGUCGAGCAUGUUUGGUUGUCAGUGGGAAUUCAACAUUACAAAUUUUGAAAAAAGAUUUUGGGAUUUUUUUGUCUUUUUGGGUCCAAAAUGUGGAUUAAAGUUGGUCAGUGGAAAAAAACAACAGUUUGGACAUGAAGUUCAAGGUAUCCUGAAAAAAGGGACCCAAUUUGGCCAUUGUGAACAGUUUUUUCUUUGAAAUAUAAAGGCAACAUCAAAGGCAUGCAAAUUCGGCCAAAAUAGGCUUAGGUGUUAAAGGGUUAAUGAAAGCAGAUGGUUAAAUUUCAUCUACAGGUCAUCCCCAGGUUACGAACCAGUCCUGUUCCUACGCUGGUGACUUAACCCGAAUUUCCGCGGAAGUACCCCAAAACAACUAGCUAAAAAGUCCAAAAGUAUUGUACAGUGUUACCUCUACAUACAAAGUUAGUUUGUUCCAGGACCUAGUUUGUAAGUCGAAAUGGUGGUAUGUCGAGCAGGAUUUUCCAAUAAGAAUAAUAUAUAAUAAAAAGUAUAAAAUAAAAAUAUAUAUAAUUCCAUGAAUUCGUUCCACAGCCUGAAAAACUACACUAAAUCGUUAAUAAAUACUGUGGGUACUAUUGCAAAUAGCAAUUACACAGAGCAAAACAAAUAAAUUGUGAAUAAAAAUUCGAAUAAUAUUAUAAUAAUAGUAAUCAUAAUAAUAAUUCCUGUAAUUUUGUAACGAAUCGGGUUCUAAUGUGGCGAAUGUGUUUGCGUGGGGUACCUGAACGCAUUGCGUUGUUGACUUGACAGAGUCAGAUUGGACUUUUUAACUUUCACUUUGUUCAACUGCGGUGGACAGUAGGCGUGUUGUGUUGCACAAGUUGACGUAAUAAAUGAUUAGAAACCUUACGAAGCUGCCGAUUUCUUUGGCGAUAUUGCCACAAUUAUAAUUGCCACCUUAACUUAUAAACACUGGCGAACGGAGGUCGGAGGAGGACCGUCGAGAGUAGACAUUCUACGGCGGUAUUGUCGAGCCAGUUUACGGAUGCGCACAAGACGCUCAUAUAUUUCUAUUGUUUCCAUUUUCAUUUUGAGGGUAAGCAUCACCAUUUUGCUUUUUUUUCACCACCUGCACUAACAUUAAUGGAACCCAUGUUGAUUGCUUUCAGAAAAAAAACUGCCGUGCGUCCGUCUUGCGGGAAAACAAACUGCGGCACUGUCAUAGAUCGUCAUUUUUCGAGCAUGUCGGCUGAUGUAGAAACAAAUGGCAAGUCAAAAUUUACGUCGGACGUCGAAAAGAUCGUGUGUCGAAGCGAUCGGAUGUAGAGGUACCACUGUAUUUGUAUUUUAAUGAUGGCGGAUACACUGACCUCUGGUGGCAGCGUUGAGUCUGGCUGGACUGUCGCCUUGUAUGAUUGAUAAGUAGACUCAGACCUCUGACAUGGAUAAAGGAUAGCUGCGCUCUGGUUUGGCAGACAUAAGGUUGUAAGUUGUUUCAGCUAAUAUAUGUUUGUGUAUGCAUUUGUAAUUAAAUUUUCAACUACAGUUUUUGGAGUUGCGUGUGAGUGAUUUUCUACGAGAAUUGUAAAUACUUUAGCAUUCGUAGUAUUUAAGCUAGCGAACCUGUGUUAGGCAAAUUACGAUAAUUUAUUCUACUAAAUUUACAUAUUGAUCAGAAUAGAUGGACGUUUAAACACCAAUUGUUUUGUGUCAACUGUUUUGUUAGAAUGCGUGUUGUUUUGAACAUAAGUGUACGUGUGUGCUACAGCUUUGCAAAUUGUAAAAAGUGAAGGAAAUAAAAAGCUUUAAAAGCACAAUUGCCUUGUUUGCUGCCUCUAAAUCUGAACAACGUCAUGUUGAGUGAGGACAGAACACGUCAUAUUAAUAAAGUAAAGUAAAAAUAAGAUACAGUGAGAUACAAUAAGGUAUUGUUUAUGAAACUUAAAAAAAAAAAAAAAGCACUGGAGACAACAUGGCGGACGAGACUCUGGUGUCGUAAAGUCGAGUACGUCAUAACCUGGGGACUACCUGUAUUGAUCAAAAUGAGAUAUUUGCAGUUUUCUGCUUUUUACUUUGAAACAAAGUAUUCAUAGUCCUUUCCUAAGCCUAUCGUUAUUUGUUCUAAUGGUAAGUACAUUUACAGCUAAAAUGUAAAGCUCAGAGUAUUAAAACAGUAAAAUUCAUAUAUGAGUAAAUUAGUCAACUCAUUGCAAAAACAAUCGGUAAUUAGUCAACUAUCAAAAUAAUGGUUUGUGGCAGCCCUACUCCCAGCCAAUGUUUUGAAAUCCCAACACAUGGGACCCACUUGAAGAGUUUAUAGUCAAAUCAAAUCUCAUUUGGAUUUAUUGACACGUCAAAGAGACAUCAUCUGCAGGAGAUAAAAAAGGGUGGCUUCAUUAAUUACAAUGUCAGCUUGCGUGUGUUUGCCCAAGCUGCGCGUGUGCUCUCGAUGCAUGUCUUCCUUCCGAGUUGACAGUUGGAGGUUUUGUGGUGCUCGUCACAUUUUUUUGGGCUGCUAAAACGGUGUCGCGUCAAUGCACAAUGACCUGCUACACAGGUUUCCUUGACAGUGAUAUAACCUGCAAAGUUUCUCGUCCUUUGUUUGUUGAUUGCACUAUUGUUGUGUAAUGACAAGUGUCAAGGGAAACAAAUGCAACAUUUACUUUUUAUUUUUUGGUUGCUUGGAGGAUGUCACUCUAGAUUUCUUUUGUUUCAUCUAAGACUACGAUGUUUCUGGAUGUUCUGUUGCUAUUAAAAAUGGAUCAACUGCUAUUUUUUCAUAAUAUUCAUCGAUUGUGGGGACUAUUUUUUGAUUGACUGGAGGUUAAAGGCAUGUAGCAGAUGACAACCAUUUUUCAAACGUGACCGCAGUGAGUUGAGGGUUGCUGAGAUGAUGAUGGAGCAUCUCAGCGAGACGUGUCUGGGCAAGGAGAACGCCGAGCUGGUCAACAGCAUCGCCGAGGCCAAACCACCGCCGGCCAAGCUGCCCCGCAUGGAGCAGAACGGCAGCCCCCAGGGGCGGGCCAGGCUGGGCAGCACUGGCGCCAAACUGGCCGGGCUCCCUUACAAGCCCGCCAAUCACCUGCUGAAGACCUGCCACAAGCGAGGCAACAUGCUGCCCGUCUUCUGUGUGGUGGAGCACUACGAGAAUCCUCUGGAUUUUGACAGCAAGGAGGAACAUGCCGAGUUCGUGCUGGUGCGCAAGGACAUGCUCUUCAAUCAGCUGAUUGAGAUGGCAUUGCUAUCGCUAGGCUACUCGCACAGCUCGGCCGCCCAGGCCAAAGGUAUGAUUCAGGUGGGCAAGUGGAACCCCAUCCCCCUGUCAUAUGUGACGGAUGCGCCUGACGCCACGGUGGCCGACAUGCUGCAGGACGUCUACCACGUGGUCACGCUCAAGAUCCAGCUGCACAGUUGUCCUAAGCUGGAGGACCUGCCACCUGAGCAAUGGAGCCACUCUACAGUAAGAAACGCCCUCAAGGAGUUACUCAAAGACAUGAAUCAGAGCUCUCUGGCUAAAGAAUGCCCCUUAUCACAGAGUAUGAUUUCCUCCAUUGUCAACAGCACUUACUAUGCAAAUGUGUCGGCGGCAAAGUGUCAAGAAUUCGGGCGCUGGUAUAAACAUUUCAAGAAGACAAAGGAUAUGAUGGGCAUCCGCCAAUCUUCUCAGCUGGAGGGCUACCUGGGCACAUGUGUCCUACGCGAGAGCCCCCGUGCUAAUGCGCUAGCUGAAAUGGACGGCCUGUCUGACCUCUCCCCGCCCGGUUCCAACCACAACCACAAUCACAACCACCUGGGCUUCUCCCAGCAGCAGCAGCCCAUCCCGGGCAGCACCGCGGAGCAAACGCCCUCAUCGCCGGUGCCCCCGCUGUCCCACGCCCCGCCGCCUCCUCCGCAUGGAGGGGGCCAAGCAGGCGGGCGGCAGCAGCCACAGAUGCCCCCCGGCCUGCACCACCCGGGUUUGGUGUCCACACCAAUCAGCCCCCAGCUGGUCAACCAACAGCUGGUGAUGGCGCAGAUCCUCAACCAGCAGUACGCCGUCAACCGGCUGCUGGCGCAGCAGUCGCUGUCGCAGCAGUACCUCAACCACCCUCCCGUCAACCGCGGCUCGCAUGCUAAGCCACUGGAGCCCCAGGUUGGAUCCAACACCGAGGUGUCUUCCGAGAUAUACCAGUGGGUCCGCGAUGAACUCAAGCGGGCCGGCAUCUCGCAGGCUGUUUUCGCCCGAGUGGCCUUCAAUAGAACGCAGGGCUUGUUGUCAGAGAUCCUACGUAAAGAAGAGGACCCAAAAACGGCCUCGCAGUCGCUGCUAGUCAACCUGCGCGCCAUGCAGAACUUCCUGCAGCUUCCUGAGGCUGAGCGCGACCGCAUCUACCAGGAAGAGAGGGAGCGAAGCCUCACAGCCGCUUCUGCCAUGGGCGCUACCCCGCUCAUUAGCACGCCGCCCAGCCGACCGGUUCAGCCGCGGAGGGAAGACUGUAACAGCGUGCGCCCCGAAGACUGGAACCCUCGCAUUCCUGUGGGCCUUUCUCCUCAGGUGAAGCCGUCGCCGCUGCCCAGCGAGUGGAACGGCAAAACGGAAAGCUGCAUCCUCAACAUCAACUCCAACAUCUACGACGAGAUUCAGCAAGAGAUGAAGAGGGCCAAAGUUUCCCAGGCGCUCUUUGCCAAAGUGGCUGCCUCCAAAAGCCAGGGUUGGCUGUGUGAGCUUCUGCGCUGGAAGGAGGACCCGUCUCCGGAGAACCGGACAUUGUGGGAGAACUUGUCCAUGAUCCGCCGCUUCCUCAGCUUGCCGCAGAUGGAGCGUGACGCCAUCUACGAGCAGGAGAGCAGCGCCGGACAGCAGCAUCACAACAACAACGACAGGCCCGCGCACUUCUCACACGUCACCGCUGACCACAUGCAGUCCCCGCACCAGCCGGCGCUGUCUCUGCAGCACCCGUCUCAACCCCUCCCGUCCCAACAGCCCCCGUCGGGGCCCCGCCUUCCACCCCGCCAACCCUCGACCGCCUCCCCUGCCGAGACGGAGGACGAAGCGGCGCGCGGCCUGCUCAAGUCGCGCACGGGCGGCGGCAAGAUCUCCCUGGAGGCGCUCGGCAUCCUGCAGAGCUUCCUCCAGGACGUGGGCCCCUACCCGGACGAGGAGGCCGUCCACACGCUCUCCGCCCAACUGGACCUCCCCAAACUCACCGUCAUCAAAUUCUUCCAGAACCAGCGCUUCUACGUCAACCGGCCGGUCAAAGCGCCGCCCAAGGAGACGCCCGACAACAACAGCAGUGGCGGCGGCAGCCCCGCAGGCCCCGACGAGGACCCCUCGGACCCCGCCGAGAAUCUCAAGGAGACGGACGAGAGCACGCAGACCGACAACAAUAACGUGUUGGUAGUCAAGACGGAGGAGCGGGCCAGAAGCGGCCCCACGCCCGUCGCCGACGACUGAAAGCCACUGGCUCGCCCGGACUCGGCCUUUUUGCAUUUUGUAAAAGUAUUGUACGAUUAUGAUGAAUCACUGUAAAGACUCUGCUGGCGUCGUUUGGUAUCCCGCACAAAGAAAAACAAAACCAGUGGAAACGCUAGCUCAGACGACUGUCUUGUUUCAAUGUUUUCGCCAGACAAAACAAUCAAUUCGACAAGAACAUUCCAAUUUUUUUCCCCCGAUUGGGCCGUCAUGGGUGACACUGACCUGGAUGAAUGACAAUCUACUCACACAGAAUGAAAGAAAAAUAUAUGUUUUAGUAAACAUGUUGCUGUUUUGUGAGUUAAAAGUGACUUUGCGUUACUAAGCUAACCAUUUACUAACUGCACUACGUCUUAUGGGACAUGUCCACAUGUACUUGUAACAAAUAUUGGACAUAUUCACGUUAUUAGAAGAAAAUCUUUUUUUUAAUCAAAGGGUCCCAUUUCAUUUGAAUAUUUUGACUUUUGUGUUUUCUAGGGAAAACAAACAAAAAAACAAUCCUUUGCAAAAUAAUAGGGCUCUCGCACCACUUGGUGCUCGGGCCCUAACUAUUUUUGGGAGAUUAAAAAAAAAAAAAAACUAAGAUUUUAUAUUUUUUUGCUUCAAAACAUGUCUGUAUUUUAAUAUCACGAAGUUUCUAGGAAAAAAAAUAUUAUUUUCUUUUUCAUUGCAAGUUAGUUUGUAGGUGCUUGCGGUCGCCAGUUUGCUGCUUUAUUUUUUUUUUGUUUUUAUGACAACACUUGAAAAAUAAAAUAAAAAUAAGUUAUGCUAACUCAAGAUUUUAAGUACAAUUCAACUCACAAAUGUUCGUUUUCUUUAGUUGUUAUUUUAAGUAUCUGUAACUCAUGUUAGCAUAACUCUUAUUAAGUUAAAAGUGUUUACUUGAAUUAUCAAGUUUUGAGGCAAAACUUCGGCUGACUUAAAAUUAAGGCUGUAAAACGAUUAAAAUUUUUAAUCGAGUUAAUCACAGCUUAAAAAUGAAUUAAUCGUAAUCAAUCGCAAUUCAAACCAUCCAUAAAAUAUGGCAUUAGUUCUUAAAAGAUAAAUGUUAGUACAAGUUAAAGAAAUGUUUUAUUAAAACCCCUCUUAAUGUUUUCGUUUUAAUAAAAUGUGUAAAAUUUUCAAUCAAAAAAUAAACUAGUAGCUCGCCAUUGUUGAUGUCAAUAAUUACACAAUGCUCAUGGUGCUUAAACCCAUAAAGUCAGUCGCACCCAAGCGCCAGCAGAGGGCGACCAAAAAAAAAAAAAAAAAAAAAAAAAAAAAAACAAGUAACAAGUUGACAUGACACUGUGCUGUCAUUUUAAUCUGUUUGAGCAGGGCAUGUUUGUUGCGUCAAAUAUUUUAACGUGAUUGAUUUAAAAAAUUAAUUACUGCCCGUCAACGUGAUAAUUUUGACAGCCCUAAUAUAUAUAUAAAUAUAUAUAUAUAUGUUAGGUUUUUUUUUUUCUUUAUACCUAAGGGAAAAAAAGAGAAACAUGUCUUAUAAAUACAUGGUGGAAAACACUCAGGUGACUUGAAGUUAUACUCUGAGACCCCCAAUUUGGCUAAAUUUUAAAAUUGUCCUAUAUGCAUGUGUGAUACAUCAUCAGAAAGCUUAAAAUCUCAAUUUUCUGGGGGAAGAAAAAAUUUGAACAGGAGGGCAUUUAAAAAAAAAACUUUUAACAGCAAAACCCUAAGUGGAGGUGAGAGCACGCGAGAGCAUAAUUAAAGACGCCAUGAUUUUAACAAGAUAUUAUCGCGUACUUACCGUAAUUUUCGGACUAUAAGUCGCACCUGAGUAUAAGUCGCACCAGCCAUUAAAUGCCCAACGAAGAGGAAAAAAACAUAUAUGAGUCGCACCUGAGUAUAAAUCGCAUUUUUGGGGGUAAUUUUCUUGAUAAAAUCCAACACAUAGAACAGAUAUGUCAUUUUGAAAGGCAAUUUAAAAUAAAAAUACAAUAGAGAACAACAUGCUGAGAAAGUGUACAGUAUGAUAAUGUUACAUGAUGCAUGAACAACGAAAUGCAAACGAGGCCGGUAUGUUAACGUAACAUAGCUUUUAAGAGUUAUUCGGAUAACUAAAGCAUAAAGAACAUGCUAACAAAUUUACCAAACCAUCAGUGUCACUCCAAAACACCAAAAUAACAUGUGAAAUGAUAUAAUAAUGUGUUAAUAAUUUCACACAUAAGUCGCUCCAGGGUAUAAGUCGCACCCCCAGCCAAACUAUGAAAAAAAAAAAAACAGCGAUUUAUAGUCCGAAAAAUAAGGUACGUUGUUUUGAUUCAAAAACUCAUGUAGCAUGUAUCAUCGAGUCUCAAGACACAGAUGUGAAUGGCCACAGCCGGUUUUUGUGGGAUUUUAUGGGUGAAACAUGGUAAUAUAACAAGGGUCGUGAUGCAGAAAUUGCAGACAUUAAGGAGAAGUUGAGAUGUUCUUUUUCAUAUAUUUAACCUAUUAAACCUUUUUUUUUUCUUUUUUUUUUUUCUUAGUUUGAAUCAAUUAUUUAUCAUCGAACAUAUCGGGGAAAAUGCGAAAAUAACAGUAAUAAAAUUAAGCCAUACUUAUGAGGUAGAUAUCCGUGACUUAUUUACAGACGCCAAUUUUUUCAUUCUGACGUAAUUUGUUUAAAAGUUUAAAAUAUGCGAGUGGAUAAUUUUUUAAAGUCGUUUUGUUUUUUUUAAACGAAAUAUUAGACAUCAAUCAAUAAUUCUAAGCUAAAAAUGACAGAAAUUUUGAAUAAUAAAUGUAAUUACUUACCUUCUUUUUAUGGCUGGGUUGAAACAAAAGCGGUUGCACGACGUCUGUAAACGGGGGUUUUCGGGGUAAAACGGACAAAUUUAAAAUAGUUCGGGGCCUAAUGCGCCAUGAGUCUGCUAUGACAGCAUAUUAGAGCUGAAACGAAUACUCGAGCAACUCGAGUAACUUGAGUUUAAAAACUGAUCCGAGUAAUUUUACUCACCUUUAGUAAUCGUUAAUUUUGACAGCUCUAAGCAUCACGUUUUGCUCGGACUACUUUUAAUGCGGGACAACGCGCUGAUGUCACGUUCGUAGAGGAAGAAGCCCAAAAAAUUUUUAAAAACUUACUGCAGCCGACAGCCGCUACAAACAACGCCGACGUUGCUAAAUACUAGCCCGCACGAUGCUACGUUGGUAGCAGGUAGCGUCUGAUGAGUCUCACAGAGAUCACAUGUAUGUUGAACUAGAUGCGAAAUGACAGACUCGGCAGCGUUAGCAAACAGCCGCCAUCUUAAAGCAGUAGAGCACUAAGCGCUAAUAAAGAGCGCUAAGCGCUAAUAAAUAAGAUUAACGUUACUGUCACUAGCUCAAGUAACGUUAGCCCUGCGGAGGGUUAGGUUUCUAUUAAUUAUGACCACUUUCGAUGCGUGGCUAACGUGUCUUACAUAACGUAACAUAGCGUUGUGGAGUGAUGAGGGUGUAAAAUAAAAACUUAAUCAUGCUAACUAUCAAUUUUAGCUCAGUAGUCAUUGCUGGAUAAAACACCAAGUAGCACUGGUCCCUAAUGUGCUCCAAUACAGCCUGUAUCAUACAUUUAUUUUGAACACUGCAAAAACUCAAAAUCCUAUCAGGACUUACAGUUUAGACUAACUUAAAACUUAACUAGAAUUUAAAAAUGGCUUGACACAAAUAGAAAUUCAAUUGAAACACGUGGGAAAAAAUCCUAACUUUUAAGUGAUGUGUGUUAUCAAGCGUAAUUACAUUUUGAGGUAUAUAUAUAGAUUUUUUUUUUAAAUAAGAUCUAAAGGUUUUUUAAGUGAAAGCAGUGAAUUAGUCUUUUUUUAUUUUAGUUACAUCUAAGAUGCAAUUGUUGGCUGUUUUCAACAAUAUACAUCGAAAAUAAAGACAUUGAUUGACUGAAAAUGGUUCAAGAUUAGAUGAAAUGUCUUGUUUUCUCAUGUAUAUUUAUAAUUGCUCUUCACCUAAAAAUAUUUGUUUUAUCCGAUUACUCGAUUAAUCGAUAGAAUUUUCAGUUGAUUACUCGAUUACUAAAAUAUUACCUGCAGCCCUAUAGCAUAUAGACGUAUUGUUCCAUCAAACACAGCAGUUCUCAUGGCUUAAAAUACAGCAAUUUAUUUUAAAGAGUGGUGCAAGAGCAGAAACUGCUUUUUCAGUCUUGUUUUCCGCCAUAUCUCUUUCCAAUGCUAAGUCUGCAUAAAGACAUUGAAAACACACAAAACAUUUUUUUUUUGCCGGGGGGUGUAUUUAAAAGUUUUAGGUUUGAGUUUUCAGCAAUAACUUGGGACUUACAAAACCUUAGGUGUACUGUACUUAGUUGGAUAAGUUGUCUUGAAUUUUUUUUUGUGUGUGAACAUGUACAUGUGGACACGUCCUCACACUGAUUUCACUCUAUCAUCUUCUAAUUUGACUCAGAAGUAAUAAUAGUAAUAAUACUCUUUUGGGUUACUCAUUUAUAUAGUUUUUAACUCAUCCCUUGCCAUUGACGGCGAUAGACGUCCUAUCCAUUUGAUCUGGGAG